AUGUAAAGGUAAGUCUUUCAUCUAAAAUUUCUAUUAUUAUUAAUUAGUGCUAAUUGUUUUUUACACUCUGUUUAUGAAGAAUUUUAUACUAAAUAGAUUUUAUUUACUAAUACAAUUUUGAGAUGUAGUGAUUAAGCUACUUAACCUUUAGAAGCAUUAAUUUGUAGUAAAGGAAUGGACUUAUUAAGCUACGAUAAAAAAAUUAAAUAUAUUAUAAAAUUUAGAACAUAAUAAUUGACACUAAAUUUACCCACUUCUAAAUCUAACUAUAUAUUGAUGUGCAUGGUUAUCUUACUAUUGAUGUUAACGAAAGUUUAUUUUUAGCAAUAUCUGAAAAAUCUUUUUAAUACUCUUUUGCUUAAAACCUACUUCUUUGGGUAAAUCAUUUUAAUAAUGUUCUGGAUAAAAUAAUGA